AGUUUUCAGAAUGACUUCCUUGGUUGACAUGCCCCUGAAUUAUGAAAAGAUGUUUGCUCAUCGAUUCACAUCAGAUGAUAAAGAAUACCAAGAAUAUCUGAAGCGCCCUGCAGAUCCCCCUCCUGUAGUUGAAGAAUGGAGAAACAGAUCUGGUGGCAACCAGAGAAACAGAGAUCGGUUUCAAGAUGGUAGACAUUUCCGAGGGGACAGAUACAACUGGCAAGGUGACUAUAGAUCUAAUCAGAGGCCAGAAAGAAGUUGGGGUAAUAACUACCAGCAGCACAGACAAGGACAGUCGUACCCCUCCCACUACGGACAAUACGGCUACAACUCCUACAACCCAGGGCCUCGUUACCAUCCCUACUGAUGACACAUGUGGUUUGAAAGUCCAGUAACCUAUGUGACAAGUCCAGUUAGAUUUCAGUUUUCUUAUUUUUCCACAGUUUUAUAGAUAACUGAAGAAUUAGUAUUACAGUCCAUUGCUGUUUAUCUGUAGCAUGAACUGAAAAAGGGAAUACCUUUUAUGAAUAAUAAAAGCCUAUUACACGGAGUUUGUUUAGAGCCUGUAGAUCUUGGAUUAGGUUUCUAUCUCUUUCUUUUGUCUCAAUACAUACUAGUACGCUUCUUUUUGUCCAUCACUGAGACUUCUCUCUGUCACUUUUUAGAAAACACAGCAGGUCAGGGGAAAAUAGCAGUGGGUUUUGUGCAGCCUGUAGCAGUAGCACAUUGCCUUAAGAUAGUUGUUUUUGAAAGUGACAGACUGUCUUUCUCUGGAGAGAAUUUCUUAGUUUGGCUUUUGAUCGUGAGAAUAGCUCAGUUUGGUUUGACUUUCAGGUGCUGUAAAACUG